GACCAACACCACUCCCCUUAUCCUCGUUCACGAUCGGCUCUAUUUUCCCUCUCAAUCUCGAAGCAUUUGUGCACGAGCUCCGGGAGUAUCCUAGUCCCCGCAAGGAGUAUGUGUUAGCGGGAAUUCGCGACGGUUUCCGUGUGGGUUUCGUUCCCGAGCUUGUGGUCCUUCGUCCAUCGCUUCGCAAUCUCAAGUCGGCGUCUCAACACCCGGACGUGAUCGACAAAUAUCUCUCGGCGGAAGUCGCUCACCGCCGGGUGGCUG